CGAGGAUUCAAGGCACCAACGUUUCAAGACAAAUCCUUCGCUGUUUUUAUUAUUUUUCACUUUUGUUGAAAUUUUAGUGCAUUUUCACAAUGGCCAAACAAUUCACACUACUAGCUGCCUUUUUGAUUGUCCUUGCCAUUGGAGCUGGAGCUGAAGAGUCUGUUCUAAGCGGUGAAGGGGAUACAGUACCCUCUGCAGCUUCAGCAGGGCCUGGGACAUCAGCAGCUUCAGCAGGGUCUUCAGCAACAGAACAUUCUGGUGCCACAAAAGAUCCAGAUGGUCCAUCCACAGCAACUGUCCUUCCUCCAACAGAAGUUCCUGCAACUACGCAACCUCCAAAUCCCUGUGAUUCAAACCCAUGUGGCAGCGGAAGCACGUGUGAAGCUCGUGCCAAUCAGACUUUUGUAUGCUUGUGUCUGCCUGGUGAUUUUUAUGUUAUUUUGACCCAAAGCUGUCUGAAAG